CUUACAUUGGUGGUCAGUGGGAAGAAUGUCCCUUACAUUGGUGGUCAGUGGGAAGAAUGUCCCUUACAUUGGUGGUCAGUGGGAAGAAUGUUCCUUACAUUGGAGGUCAGUGGGAAGAAUGUCCCUUACAUUGGUGAUCAGUGGGAAGAAUGUCCCUUACAUUGGGGGUCAGUGGGAAGAAUGUCCCUCACAUUGGGGGUCAGUGGGAAGAAUGUCCCUUACAUUGGUGGUCAGUGGGAAGAAUGUCCCUUACAUUGGGGGUCAGUGGGAAGAAUGCCCCGUACAUUGGUGGUCAGUGGGAAGAAUGUCCCCUACAUUGGUGGUCAGUGGGAAGAAUGUCCCUCACAUUGGUGGUCAGUGGGAAGAAUGUCCCUUACAU